AUGUCGGACAUGUCAGCCUCACAGCACGACAGUGAGAAGGCUCACAGCAGCGAAAUUGCAAACGAUCCAGUACCCGAGGAUCCUGAUAUCGUCGACUUUGAAAAACCAGAGGACCCAGAAAAUCCUAUGAACUGGUCUUCUGGAAAGAAAACGACGCAGAUAAUCAUCGUCACGUCCAUGACGCUGCUCUCACCUAUCGGUUCCACUAUCAGCGCCGCUGCCACUCUGGAUAUCCUUGAAAAUUUCAAUUCCACGAACCAGACCGUCGGCACCUUGGUGACGACCAUCUUCCUUAUCGGAUACACGUUUGGACCAAUCGUGAUCGCGCCACUCUCAGAAUUAUACGGCAGGGCUAUCUUGUACAAGGUCUGCAUUUUCUUCUUUGUCGUCUUUAACGUGGCAUGCGCAGUGUCUGAUAGCCUGCGCUCACUGGUUACAUAUCGUUUCCUGGCCGGCGUCAUGGGUUCAUGUCCUGUUACUCUAAGCACUGGAUCGAUUGCCGACAUGGUGAUAGCAGAGAAGCGUGCUGGAGCCAUGGGAGCAUACAUUAUCGGUGCUGUCCUGGGGCCGGCCAUCGGUCCCGUCAUUGGGGGCUAUCUCACCCCAGCAGCGGGUUGGCGCUGGACCUUUUGGACUAUGGCUAUCGCAAGCGGUGUCAUGACGGUGGUUUCCAUCCUAUUUGUACACGAGUCAUACCCUUACGUCCUCCUUGAACGCAAGGCACAACGUUUGCGUAAGGAGACGGGCAAUCUGCGUCUGCGGUCAACAUUAGACACUGGGAGGAUGCCGAGCAGUCUCUUUGUCUUCUCUAUCACCCGUCCUUUGAAGAUGCUCUUAUCUCCGAUCGUCUUCUUGCUUUCCCUCUACGCCGCUAUCGUGUACAGCUACCUGUAUCUCUGCUUCACUACUUUUGAGAUUGUCUUCUACGGCCAGUACGGUUUCUCAAGCGGCGAGGCUGGCCUAGCAACUCUCGGCAUAGGCAUUGGCUCGGUCCUGGGAUGCGUCGUUUGUGGUAUAGCUGCGAAUGCCGUUUCGAAGUACUUGACCGGAAAGCACGGUGGUGAUCCAAAGCCAGAGUACAGACUGCCACCCAUGAUACUUGGUGGCUUGUGCACGCCGAUUGGCUUGUUCUGGUACGGGUGGUCCGCGCAGGCUAGAUUGCACUGGAUUGUGCCUAUUCUUGGCACCGUUUUCAUUGGCAUGGGCAUGGUCUUCACCUAUAUGCCAAGCGCCAUGUACCUCGUCGACGCAUACACAGUCCAUGCUGCUUCUGUGACAGCUGCAAGCACGAUCUUCCGAUGUCUCCUUGGGGCUCUCCUUCCGCUUGCUGGCCCUGCCAUGUACGAUACACUAGGCCUGGGCUGGGGUAAUUCUCUUCUGGGUUUCAUCUCCAUUGCCUUUUUCCCGGUACCUUUCAUCUUGUAUCUUUAUGGCGAGCGAUUACGCAACGCCAAGGUUUUCAAGGUAGAGAUUUGA